AUGCGGCGGGCGUCGUACGCGCCGGCGACGACGGCGCAGGGCCCCGGCGAGCCGCUGAUCGUCGUGGAGGAGUCGGGCGGCACCGACGACGAGGGCAGCCCCGGCCCGCCGUCGCCGCCGCCCGGCUUCAACCCGGACUCGCCGCUGCUCAACCCGGGCCUGCUGUCGCCGUUCCGCGACAUGCGCAAGCGCUCGCUGCCCACGCCCGCCUGCACCUCCGGCAUCACCGCCUCGCAGGUGCGGCGGCUGUCGGAGCACGGCGUGGAGAGCACGGGGGCGGUGGCGGCGCGGGAGGCGGCCUUCCUGGCGACGCUGUCGCAGACGGCCGCCCCCGCGCCCGGCGGCCGCCGCCACUCGGUGGUGACCAUCUCGCGGGCGCCGCCCCCCUCCAUCCUGUUCGGGCGCGGCCGCCGCGAGAGCAUCGCCGCCUUCCCCGGCGCCGGAGGGCCGCCCCCGCGGGUUCUGCCCGGCCGCAGGGACUCCGCCUCCAGCAUCCCGCCACGGCCCCCGGCCACCGGCACAGGCACCGGCUCGCAGUUCAACCUACAGCUCGACAUCAUGGACGACAUCGCCGAGAUCAAGGCGGCGCGCAAGGUGCGGCUCAAGAUGUGGCGCACGCCGUCGCGGGAGCGCAUGUGCGAGGUGCAGCCGCUGGACGGCGCCGGCGGUGCGCGGCGCCGCGCCUCGGAGCUGCCGCCGGUGAUCGGCGCGCAGCCGUCCACGUCGUCCGGCGGCGGAGCAGGCUCCGGCUCGGGCAUCGUCUGCACUAACACAGACCUCAUCUCGAUCCUGUCGUCGCUGGCGUCGUCGGCCCAGGAGAUCAACCGCAAGGCGGACGAGGAGGAGGAGGAGGAGCGCGAGGAGGCGCGCCGCCGCCGCCGCCAGCAGCAGCAGCAGCAGCAGCAGCCGCCGCCCGUGCCGCCGCGGCUCGGCCUGCAGCAGAAGGCGUCCAGCGUGGCCGAGCACAAGCGCAGCCGCCUCAAGAGCCUGCGCUCCAACAGCUUCGACGUGUCCAUGCUGCUGCCCGGCAGGGGCUCCCAGCAGCAGCCGCAGCAGCAGCAGGCCGGCAAGGGCUCCGGGCCCGCCAGCUGGUUCGUCAAGAGACACCAGCCGAAACGUGCAGACUCGACGCUGGCGGCUGAGACCAGCCACACCGCGGCAGCAGCCAGCACAACAGCGCCGCCCCCAGCUACGACGUUGGCCGGCGGAACGGGGGCGGCGACGGCCUCGAGCUCGGGGGCGGCGGGGGUGGCAGUGGCCGCGCUGCCCGAGCCGGAGCGGCAGGUGGUCUGGGACGGCCGCAGCGGCUCCGUGGUGGACGCGCAGUUGCUCGGUGGCGCCAUAGAGGCCUUCCUGGCGCAGCAGCGCGGCUCCUCCAACGGCGCUGGGGGCGGCGGGGGCGGCAGCGACAAACAGCCGGAGGCGGGGGCGGCGGCGGCUACGGGGGACAGGCCACCAGCCAAAGAGGGAGCCAAGGACGAGGACGAGCCUGCGGCCUGCGACACGUCCAUCUGCUCCGCUCUCAAGGACUUGUUCGUGAAGUAG